AUGUGGCCAUCGGAAAACUUUAUCUUUCCUGGUGAACACAGCCGCGAGGGUGAAAAUAUUCUUCACUAUUUGUGCCGUAAUGGGGGAGUAGUUGACUUGUUAAAUUACAAAAACGCCAUCAUUGAUGAAAACAGAUACUUAGUAACAGAAUACAAUUCCCAAGGACAACAAUGUAUCCAUAUUGUUGCCCGUGAAGACAAAAUUGAUCCCAGAAAAAAAUGUAGGCGUUUAAUGGAAUGGGGUGCAGAUAUCAAUGCAAAGGAAAGCAUUAAUGGUGAUACACCUCUGCAUAUUACUGUAAAAACAAAGAACUACGAGUUGGCUGAAUGGCUGUGCCGGCAACCCCAAGUAAACAUAGAAGCUCUAAACUACGCUCAGCAGACUCCAUACCAUCUCGCUUACAAGUGUAAUGACGCUAAGAUGAUGACCAUUUUGCAAGAAACCGCAGCACAACGGAAAAAUUAA